AUGAACGUUUCUCGAACUGGCUACUUCACUUCAGAUUAUCUAGACAGGCGAAGAAACCAGAGUCUGUCGACGCUUCCGUCCAGACUGAUGUCACCGGAUUCUACGCCGUCAACUCCUAGACGAGAAAAUCCAGAUGAACUAGACGAAGCAAUCACACCCGCUCACUUGAAUUAUCUCUACAAGAAACAGAGAACGGUCGAUUAUCUGGACUAUUACAAGCCCAAACGGAAAAUGGACGAUUCUUCGUCGUUCCACACCCAGGACCUUGACCUGGUUCAAGACCAACCGAGGCUGAUCCCAGCUGGAUACGAAGGUUACUACAUUGACCAGAAAAAACGGUACGAGGAUGCCGAGGAAGUCAAGCCAAGAAUGUUUACGCAUAAAACGUUUAUGGACGUAUUUGACAGAGACCAGGACGAGCGGUUCAACCCUAUAGAUAAAACCAGAGAACAGGAGAAGAAGCAGAAAUUAUCAAGAGCAAUGAAGUCGGUUCAAAAGAAGGUGGGCAUCAAUGACUACAAUUCGUACGACUACUACACCCAGAAUGAGCUCGAUGAGAAGAGGGCUCAGAAGGAAAGGGAGAAGGCCAAACAGAAGCUGGAAAAGAAGUUCAAACUUGCAUGGAAGAAAAAGAAGCAGGAGAAGGAUCAGGAGCUUUUUGUUCAGCAUGUCAGUGACAAUUCUGACGAUGAGGAAAUGGAGGGAUACGAAAAUGAUCCACAGAACGAGAAUAUCAAGAAAGCAUGGAAGAGGAAGUGGAAAAACGCCAAGAAGGCUUUGGGUGACGACUACUUCGAUAACUACAACAGAGAAAAGGAGGCCCGUUUGAACCAGAAAGCGAAAAGCAUUGAAGAGCCUGAAAGUGAAGCUGAAGUCAGACAGGGCAGCAUAGGCCCAAACGACAACUUCCACCCACUCUGGAACUACAUGCUUUCCUGGUUGGUCUACAAUUCUGCCACCACACAGGCUUCUACGACUCCUACUGCUCCUGUCGGGAAAAUAGUCGAGAUCGAUAAGGGAGAAUCCAUCACACCCUCUAAGAAGAAACGAAACAAGCUAAAGGAUUACAAGACCAAGAUGAAGCGGUGGAACGAGCCCGCCCUGGCUUAUUUCGGAAAUAAGGCCGUCCCUGACACUCGAGCUAUCCAGAAAUUCGACCAAGCAUCUACCAUCUACACCGAAUCCGAAUUUCCAGAAGAAAUCGAGCUCAGUGACGACGGAAACUUGAGUGACGAAAUAGCAUUGAGCAGCGAGGUUGAUCUGUACCAGUACCCACCCACACUGGCGCAGGCCAUGAUGACAAGAGAGAGCAGGUUUGGUAAACUCCACGAGGGAGGACCUGUCAAGAUUGUUUCGAACAUCAACCUGUUGAUCAAAAGCAUCAAGAUCAUGAAGAUCAUUUUUGCACCGAUCGACAUUAUUGCCACGGUAGUGAUUCUUAUCGAGUUGGUGAUCUUCAUGUGGAUUCUCUAUGAGCUUUCGCUACUCAUUGAUGCACUUUGCAUGGCUGUCAAGGCCAUCUGUGCACCGAUGAUCGCCAUUGGAAAGUUCAUGAAUCGUAUCGUCUAA